AUGAAACGACGUCGUUUCACACUAAAAAUCCCCCUUCCUCAUCGUUACCUUAACGAAUUGUCUCCCCCUCUCAAAUCACAACACAAACACAUAGGUCUCUUCUUCUCCACUACACUCAUCAAUGGCGUCUGUGCGAUUGUCGUUCACGCCACCUUCCUCUCUUCCGGCUACCUUCUCACCACCACCGGCCCCCAAGCCCUCUUCGACGACGCCCUCUCACAUCCCUCCACUGAGGAGGUGUCUGUAGAGAACUGGAACCAACUUGACCAAGAAUAUGUCUUUGUUUAUGUCAAUCCAAAAAAGGUUUCAAAUAAAGUGCCGGUAAAGUGUCUUGUCAUAAAUGAGAAGUUACUCAUUGAUGCCUUGAAGGAAGGGUCUUCUGACCCUGCACACCUUGAGAUUUGGUAA